GGCUUUAUGGAGGGCUUGAACCCACUGUCACGAUGCAAAGACAUGCAGUAGACCUACUCAGUGCAUUGUGGUGGACCUACACAGUCACUGAGUCAGUGUAGAUCUAGCAUGCAGUAAAUCAGUGAAGGAACCCGAACUAUUACUUGGUCCAAGAUAAAUCUCCGUCAGACGGGAUGGGAAUGUCUGGGCCAUGAAGAGGAUGGCUGGGCAAUCGAUCGGGGCAGCAUUGUCAUGCUCCCUCCUUCACCAGUCUCUUCUCCUCCUUCCCUCCCUCCUCUGCGUCAUCGUAUCCUUGACUGCUACAGCGACGGCAACAGUUUAUCACGCUUACCCGGACCCUUCGUGUGAAAAGCCAGCUUUAGUUGACCAGGGAAACCUCUGCACUGUGGGAGGAAAGAGUUUUUCCGAAUGUAUUUCUUCAUUGAAAGUUGCAGGUGAUGAAUGUAGACUACAUGCUGGGCGCUAUCCAUUCCGAGGAGACCCGCUGCCCGUUAGAGGUCUGCAUGGAACGGAGGAGAAACCUUUUGUGAUUGCAGCGGCACCUGGAGACGAGUCUGAAGUUCUGCUGGAUGGAACAGUCCCAGUGACAGCCAGCAUUGAUGACUGGAAUGUUUAUGCACUGCACAGUAUGAUCUAUGCGGCUAAAGCUCAGACGGAUUUCUGGCAAAUGUUUGUAGAUGAUGUGAUGCAGACGAAUGCCAGAUGGCCCAAUGCACUGUGGAGUGACUUGAGUGUAUUCAACGCCAGCUACUGGGCACAAUCAGCCAAUACCAGUAACUCAACAGCGGGUAUUAUGGUGGACGAUGGCAGGCAUGGGGAAUUUCCUGUCUAUGAUAUGGACGGCGCAGUAGCAGUGCUCAACACUGGCAGCUGGGACACCUACCCUGCUUUGGUGCUGGGCCAUGAGCGUGGGUAUGCCUCGUUCACCUACAAUGCCACUGGCCAAUACCAUGACUCACCAUCAAAAAACCGAUACUUCCUGGAGGGAAAGAUGGACUAUGUCGAUACCCCAGGUGAAUGGUACUACAACGUCACGAGCGGCAUGGCGUACAUGAUCCCCGAAGACGGACGCGGUCCCUAUCUGCACAAGAUCACGGGCAAAGUGUCGACGUACGCUCUGAAUAUCACCAACUGCAGCUACGUUCAGCUGGCCAACUUGACGUUCUUUGCCACCACAAUAUGGGCAUCAAGCAUCCGCGAACAACCCACACCAACUUUCAUUGAUCACCUGAUGAUACACUCUGUGAACUUUAGCUACCCUAGCUACAGUAAGCGAAUGCUACGUGAUGUCAGCCCACCGCAGUGGACCCUAAUCAGCAGCCGUUUCUAUGAUCCGACAUCAUCGGAUUUGAUGGUGAGAGAUGUCGAUGACAUGGAUUCCGAAAAAUGGCAUGAUGGCAAAUGGGACGACCGAGAUCAUGGUUUCCACACAAUAUUCAACAGUACGUGGAUGUACACGGACGGUCCGGCUCUGAACGUACAAGGCAAGAACUGCAACAUCAACAACAACUACUUUGCUUACAAUGAUUGGUCCGGCGCGGACCAGGAUAAGGCGACCGGCGGUACGGGGACGAUAAACAAUCAACGUGGAUCUGGCGACUUGUUUGUACGUAAUACACUCUACAAGAACGGAGCAAUGACUGGGUACCAGCCACCUGUUGCCUCCACCAUUGCAUUCAACCGUAUUUCAGGACAAUGCUGGGGUGACAUACAGCAUGAUGGCGCAGGCAUACAGGUUCAGACUCCAUACCAGACGCACACAACCCUAUCAUACAACUGGGUUCAUGACUCGGUGAAGUACGGCAUUCGCUUUGAUGGACAGCCGCCGCGUGUAGGCACGUCUGCGACCCUGUCGAAUAACGUCGCGUGGCACUGCGGGGGCCUGAUGGUCAAGGGAGACAAUCACACAGUUGAGCAUAACAUGGCGUUUGAUCUGUACAAGGACGUGGAGACCGCGGUGGCGGCACAGAACUGCAGCAUAUGUGUCCUGGGCUAUGUUCGCGACAACCCGGGACCCAUGAACAAAUUGACCACGACCGAUCACAAUGUCGCGGAUUUCAUCAACGGCGGGACCGGUAAUGGCGGCCAGAGCAAGGUGAAGAAGGUGGAGCCUCUUCCCGGCUUCGCAUCUGCCAACGUUCAGACUGAUAUUUGGGAAGGCGUGUUGGAUGCUGUCAACUACGACUUCCGCCCCCACAAGAACUCAUCUUUCUUCAAGUAUGGUGGUGUCGGCCCCUACAUUCUUGCAGGAGAUCGCUGGACACAAUACCUGAUUCCAGGUCGGCAGUCCUACAAAGCUAGCACCCCAAUACCACCAGACGGUAGUACCACCGUCAAAACUGAUCGUGACUCUAUGAUGUGGCUGAUUGCACUGAAUGCACAGGCCAGUCGGGUGACAUUCUUAGCAUCCUGUAAUGCUUCAUUGCACUCACACCCGAAGGAGGACAGACAAGAAUGGAAUAACAUUGGUCAUGAGCCCAGACCUACAGAAGAUCAUCUAUGGUCGAGCAGUCCAAUUCCAUCACCAGAGAAUGUCUACUAUCUACCGACUAGUUUGAAACCCAGGACAAAGUAUUGUUGGAAAGUUGACACAUUAAUGCCUGGAGGUACUAUUGUUCCGGGUGAUGUGUGGUCAUUCACUACCAUGUGACUAAACUAUUUACUUACACUAAGUGAGGGCCUCGGUAACCUACAGUCCUCGCCAGAAAAAAUUGAAAUCCCGAAUGAAAAACUAACGCUGGGCGCUACACAGCCCUAUAGCACCACCGUGGCACACACUGGCCUGCACACUUGAGUACGGUGCUGCUCUAUUCAUGAGGUCGUACUUCUGUGGCCAGAACUGUCCAUGUAUAAUAAAAAAAAUAUUUAGUACAAUCACAUGUGCAUGUUUACCGUUGACAGCGUAACAUCAGACCGUUACUAAUUGUUAGGGCCAGCAUCAAGCCUCCGCUUCUGCUCUGGAACAGGACCUCUCCGGCGUUAUUCUAUGAAUUUAUUAGUUGGAAUUUUGCGGGCAUGUAAAGUGCCAACAAUCAAGCACUGCCAAUUACUGGGCAUGUAUGGGCCAGUCCUUGAUACGUGUAAGUUUUCAAAAUCAUCACUAAUAGGGGUGCACCAGAGGCUUAUCAUAUUAGAAGUCACCGCCGGCUCGGAUAUUUCCGGCCAAACUUCUCUGCGUUACACAAUUCACAUCAUCAUACCCGAUGAUCUACAAGCUGAUGCUUUUUUCUUGUCAUCCAUAUUAGUUAUGAAACAACACUGUCGACCUGUGCCUGCAUCAUGCAGGAGAAGUCAUUUCAAAAUUAAUAGUUUGUUGUCUGAGGAUUGGCGGAUAGCCAUGAAACCGGCUUCGAGUUACAGCUUAAUUCAGCCUAGUUCCAUUGCCAACUUGUGUCAUUUCAAACAGACAUCGUGCUCAGACCCCACUCGAAAUCCAA